AGAGUAGUUUGUAGGGUUAAAAAAUGAAUCAAAGAGGAAACGGAGAAAAGAGAUUGAAAAGCCUUUAAGAUCUGCCUCUGAAACCGUUCGUUCUGCUUCUCGAUCACACAAAGCUUACACUUUUCAUGUUCACCCUCGUUGGUGAAUAAGGGUUUGAGACUCAAACUUUGAGUAGAGAGCAUGUCAUCUCCGUUCUAUUCUCCUAUCGACAUGCAACAAGUGAUCAGUCAUACUCCUCCUGGGUUUGAUAGCGAACCAGUCCCAAUCAGUACUUACCGAGACACUGAACCUGUCCCACUCUCAACUUACCGAGAAAACGACAACGUCUGGGAGAACGGUUUCAACAGGGAACAACAGACCAUUGAAGAGCCAGAGCCCAAGGAGAAUGGGAAGAGAAGUGUUGACAAGAGCUCCUUCACUCACGGCGAAACCGAUCUCAACCAACUCCCAGCGAUCCCACCCGCUUCAACUGGUCAAGGCCUGCCGUACGCCCCUGUUGACUGGCCGAGUUUCGGUGAUGUCUGGACUUGGAGAGUCGGGAAGAGAGUGACAGCCACUGGCUACCAUCACGAUAGGUUUCUCAUUCUCCCUCAAAGACUUCAGCAAAAGAAUGUCCCCAAAUCUUUCGCCAGCAAACAAACUCUUCUCCGUUACUUCCAGUCUAACUUCCCCGGCAUGGAUGCUGACGCCUUCUUCGCGUCGUUUAGCUGGAAGGUCCCUGCUCUCUUCCAGCCUGCUAACAAAGUUGAUGCCGCCUCUCUCUUUGAGGAGACACCAAAGGAAGUAAAGACAGAAGGAAACUCCAGAUACAGCCAGAGGAAAAGGACACCAAUGCCAACACAGACGAAUGAGUCUGUUGAAGCUAACGCUAAAGCAGCUCAAAGAGGUGGUAGCAGUAGCAACAAGAAGAAGAAAGGAGGAGCCACUGGACCUAAAUCAUCUAGGCAAUCUACUAGAAGAGCUUCGAACCAGCAGAGAGGUGGCGCUGUGGACUUAAACCACCUCAACGAGGAGGAAGGUGAGCCUACCACUGGACCAAACACUAGCGGCAGGAGGAAGAAACGCAGAGUUAACCUUAAGGAAGAAGAAGAAGAAGAAGAAGAAGAAGAAGAAGAUGUUUCUAUUCCUCACAUCUACGUCUCUCCAAUGAACGGCGUCCUCGCUGUCUCCCACGAGCCUGUCGAUGUUGAUCCGGUAGAGUUCGACAGCUACCUGAACUCUCUUGAUAGCCUUCUUCACCAAGGUCCAGAAGAUGCUUCAGUUCUCGUCACUGCAAGCUCUCCAAUGAGAGAGUACGAAUGGGCUGAAGCUCGUAUGAAUAUCUCCUCUCUUCUCGAGAAAGACUUCCCUACCUUGUUUACCUCCAAGAACGCUGGAGAGAUAGCAGCGUUAGCGACUAAACUGAGGAAAGAUCCGAACCUCUCCGCUGAAGAGAUGGUGAGGUUGAAGCUUAUGGGAGAGAUUCCAACGUUCAGCGAAGUGUUUCAGGAGAACAAAGCGGUGAUUGAAGAAGCAAACAGGUUCUUCUCUGCGCUGGAGCUUAACAAAGCUAAAGUAGCUUCGCUUAAAUACGAAUACAGCGACCUGAGGCACAAACUCGGGAGUAUUCAGAUGGAAGUAGACGAGAAGUCUGAGGGUAUACGCCGGAUUGAUGACCAGAUCGCUCAGCUUCAAGCUAGGAGGAAUGAGUUGAAGAGGUGCAUUGGGAGCAAGGAGAAAGAGAAGGUUGAUCUGAGCUAUGGACAGAAGAUGGUGGCGAAUUCGAUACCUAAAGUGGUGCAGGACGUUCAGGGAGCUAACUCGAAGAAGCCAGAAUGGGAGUGUAAGAAAGAGAAUGCUCUUAAGCGUGAAGAAGAGAUCCUCUCUAAGUUCACCCCCCUCAGAGGCUUCUUCCUCUGAUGAAACCUGGCCUCGUCCUUUAAUCCCUUCGACUAUUUUACCUUUUAGUCAGUCUUGAUGUAUUAAGCAUAAAAGCAGAGAUCCUCUCUGUGUUGCAGACUCAUCAUGGGUUGGAGUUUUAUCUUUAAUGGAAUGCUUAUUAGACUCUUUUAGGUCGGUGGAAUACA